CACACACACACACACACACACACCCCUCUCAUUCUACCUAUCCCAUGGAAAUCUAGUCUGGGAACCGGAGCAUCCUUCUCCCGCCCACCCACUCCCCACACCCCUACAUAAAGAGGCGGGUUUUCUUUGGGCAAGCCUCUCUGGGAGGGGAGGUGGCAAAACCUGUUUGAAGAUGAGUUUACUUCCCUCUCUCUACCUCCUCCUCCUCCUUUGGAGGCCAUAAGAGCAGUCACUGAGACAGCAGCACAAGAGGGAAGAGGUGAUAGGGGCCGGAGAACUUUUCCCCACUCCUCAUCUUGUUUAGAGACCAGAGAAACCUGUGAAGAUGGGAACUUUACAGGAAUCAAAAGAUCUUGGGUAAGUGCUGAGUCCUCCCCUCUCACCUGGCUGCCUCUUGGAAACGCUGGUGUCAUUGGUCUUGAGGGGGCAUGCCUUCAAGUCCCAUUAAUUUGGCUCAUAAGCCAAAGCUCAGAGUGGUUUCAUAGAGGAGAUGGGACAAAUUAAUCACUUUUGGCAGACUUUUAAAUAUAUAGAGACAGGUGGAAAGGACCCCAGAAGAGCUCCUUGGGCAAAAUAGGAAAACAGGAUGAUGUGCUUUCAGUUCUAAUCCACUCUCCCCCAAACAGGGAAACGAACCAGGACCCUUUUUGACUUUGUUUUCCUGUUCUAGCCAAUGUUGACCUAUGCCUUGAUUUCCCCGGCCCCACCCCACAAAAGGUUGGGGAAAGGCAGGCCUGACUGGUUGUCAUCUUCCUCAACUGUAAUGUAACAACUGAGUAGGUUUGUCCUGGAUUCAGGCCAGUUGCAGUGUAGGUUACCUCUCAACUUAACUUUGCAGUUGGGGAAAUUGAGUUAGGUGUAAGGUGUUCAAGACAUAUUCCAUCUUGCUUCUGUCUCCAAAGCCAGAGUUAGGGAUAAGCUGGUUCACUUACAGAGUGGGGAGAGGCAUCUGGCUGGAUUCUCUUACAGCUUUGCUGUUUGUGCCCUCUGCUGCUUACUGUUACUCCCAAGAGUAAUGCUGCCCAGCUGACCCCCUCUCCAUUCCUUUGUACCUUGGCAACGGUCUCAGGGCCGGAGAGAAUGUGAAAGCAGAAGAACUGGAGCCAUCAUUGAGAUUUGGAGAAGUGGAGUUGAAGGAAGAAUGGCAAGAUGAAGAAUUCCCUCGGUCCCUUAAGCACUUUAGCACUAUGUGGCAGGCGUCACAUGAGGAAACGCCUUUCGGCCCCAGAGCUCCAGCUGAACUUGGGAGAGAACACAGGAGAUCAAGAAGUCUCUCCUACCCACUCCACACCUUCUUCCCUACGUGGUAGCUCUGACCUAGAUGUGGGUGAUUUGGAAACGCCCUCAGACUCAGAACAGCUGGACAGUGGGCACGAAUUUGAUUGGGAAGAUGAGCUUCCAAAAACAGAGGGCCUAGGGGCAAGUGAAGCCGCCGAACGCUUGGGCCAGGAUUGCGUGUGGGAUGUGGCUGGGGAGGAUGGUCACCGCUGGAAGGUGUUCCGAACAGGACAUCGGGAGCUUCGAGUGGAUAUGACAGUCAUUGAACCUUAUAAGAAGGUCCUGUCUCAUGGAGGUUACCAUGGUGAUGGCCUCAAUGCUGUUAUCCUUUUUGCUUCCUGCUACCUACCCAGAAGCAGCAUCCCUAACUACAGUUACAUCAUGGAGCACCUGUUUAGGUACAUAGUGGGAACUCUAGAACUACUAGUAGCUGAGAAUUACCUGCUUGUCCACCUGAGUGGAGGAACGAGUCGGGCUCAGGUACCCCCUCUGAGUUGGAUCCGCCAAUGUUACCGUACCUUGGACCAUCGACUCCGAAAAAACCUUCGUGCACUGGUGGUCGUACAUGCCACAUGGUAUGUGAAGGCAUUUCUGGUGAUGCUUCGGCCUUUUAUCAGUUCCAAGUUUAGCAGAAAGGUUCGUUUUCUGGACAGUCUAGGAGAGCUGGCCCAACUCAUCUCCUUGGAACAUAUUCACAUCCCUGAUGCUGUAAAACAGCUGGACAAGGAUCUGCAUGGCUCUGGAGGGACCUAACCCUGAUGUCUGAAUUGGAUAAGGUCCCCAGAACCAAGGAAAGAGACUGCACCCAGCUCCUGAACCUCCUGAAUUUAUAUACUCUCUCUCUGUCUCUUCCCCUCUCCUAUUCACCCCUUUUGGAUUUUGCUUUCCAACCCAUCCAGGGGUUUCUCACCUAGCAGACUUCUGGGAUCCAGGGGUUCCUAAACUCCAUGCAUGCUAGUGACUUUUCCUUUCCAUUUAAGCCUAAGGGCUGGACUGAAAAGGCAAAUUGUGCCCAUGACCAUAUAUCAGGCGUAGGAAACUGUCUGAGCUGCCUCUCUGCCUGUCUCAAUGCCUUCAGCACUCUGUUCUUCGUCUUCAACAAAUCCAGAUGUGUAACUGCAGGUUAAUAAAUUUAGUUAAGAGAGACGACUCAGUUUUGUGAAGGAAACCUCCGGGUUC